AUGGCAGGGAAAAAGGGCGUGGAAGGGUUCAGUUACGUCCCAAAUGACUGCCCGCUGAACUCAACAGUGCAGCUGGCCUCGGGUGGAAAAAAGGCUGAGUACUUCUUCUGCGGCACGCGCUUUGUCGCAGUUAAAAAUCCCACCUGGCUCGCAAACUUCCGCGCCAUCGCGGCACGGCCCGAUGACGUGAUUUUCGCGACGCAACCACCCGCCGGCAAAGCCAAAGAGGCUGGCUUGGGUCUCAUCAAAGCUUUCACCGGCGCGCGCGAAGUGUCGGGCCACACCGAGUUUUACGACUUUGAAAUGGACCCGUCAGGAUCGGGUCUCAACCUCGAGGCACCAGGCCGGCGCCUGUUCGGGACCCACGUGUCGUUCGAGUGGUUGCCGACUUCAGUCCUGAGCACGCCAGCUGGUCAGUCUCCGUGCAAGGUCGUUAUGUUGGUGCGCGAGCCAAAGGAGUACAUAGUCGCUGCAAACGAUUUCGCUGGGGGGGGCGCUGCGGGCAUCGACCCGCUCUUGGAGAGGCAUGUCGGCGCAGCGCUUGGCUCUGGUGACGGCGAGAUGGGUGCUGGCAGCCGCGGCUUCGCGGCCUUCACGAAUGGUUACUCCGCUGCACUUGGUGGCUCAGGCAACGGCGGCCCCAAUGUGUUCCUGCUGAGCCAAACCCACUUGGCCAAUCCAUCCACAGUUGAGGCGGAGGUGGCCCGCUUGGCCGCGUUCCUUGGGAUUCUGGACUACCAAGAGCAGAUGUAUGAAGAUGCCGUCUCCAAGGCGCAGUCCAGUGCUGCCACGGCGCUGGGUAGCGUGGGCAAGAUGACCGCAGAGCAGGCUGAGACUGCGGACACCGUCUUCAAUGAACCGCUUGUCGACCAGCGGGCGACGUGCUUCUACUCGAGCACAAUGGCAUGCGAAGGCAUGUGGCGGCGGAAGCUUGGGCCGUGGCCGCGCCUAGGCGACUAUAGAGUGACACCCAGCGUGGGGCAGACCUGA